AUGAAGGACGCUUUACAGGCCCACUUUGAAGCCUGUAGCAAGGCCAAAAUCCCACACCGCGACAUCAGCGUCGGAAACAUUCUUAUCACCGAGGAAGGAGGAAUCCUCAUUGAUUGGGAUUUCAGUAAACCUCUAGACAUGAUUACCCAUGAACGCUCAGCAACGUGGCAAUUCAUGUCAGCGAAACUCCUCUUAAACGAAAAUCCCCCUGUUCCCCACCUUAUCGCGGAUGACUGCGAGGCUUUCUACCACGUCCUGUGCUGGAUGUUCUGGAAAUACUGUCGUCAUACACUUACUGACUGCGAGGUGUCAGAGAAGCUUGCUGCGAUCUACGACUGGUCUUGGCAAGGUGAUCAGAAUGUUGUUACCGGAGGAACACAGAAGAUGCUUGUACUCCGGGCCCAAGAAAUGGAGCGAAGAAAAUGGGCUUUAGGAGACCAAACACCCAUCGUCAACUUGAUUCUUCAGCUGGAGGAUGCCCUCAGUGUCCGUUAUGUCUCCCCUCCCAAUGUUCCCGAAGAACUCCUUUAUCGAGAUCUAGCAAGUCGCUAUCCAGCUGAUGCUCCUGUGUUGAAAUGUCAAAAAGCGUGGAAGUUUGAGACAUAUGUCCCAAAGCUCGAGAGUUCCGAAUGGUUUUGGGAGCAGUUCCGUGUUGCUACACUGGACCCAACGAAACUGCAAGAUCCUCCUGUCCUCCGCAAGGUCACUAACCGUGACGACAGCCGAACUGCAAAUCUCAAGACGAAGACGCUCAUUAUUCCUGAGCAGGACAAGGAUAAAGAGCUUCCUGCGCCGAAGAAGCAGAGGCUAGCUCCACGCCCGAAGAGCGGCUUAAGGCGUAAAUAG